AUGGCGUGGUACUCUAUUCUCCCACCUGAGCUCACCCACCUUGAGAGCUGGGCAGCUAGUUUCUUUUUCUUCCUCGGCCUCGUCACCAUCGGCCCCUGGGCCUUCCUCGUUCUGCUCGAUGCAACUAUCUGGGGUUAUAAAUUGAUUCUCUGGGAGCUUCCCUGGAUCGGUGGGCGCGUCAGGGGUCGACAGCGUCCUCGCGCGCCGAGCUUGAAUGAACGACCGGGCGGGCAGCGGAGGGCCUUCGGGUUGCGCGGGGUGGAGACUGAUACUGGUGGGAGCGAAGGGGAUGAUCAAGUUGAUGCAUCGGACUACAGCCGAACGAAAGGUCACACCGACUCUCGGAAUGUUGUGAGCUCUGCUUGCGAGUCACACCCCCAUUCGAGUGGGGGCGGAGGCUUGAAACCAAGAAGCUCGGGGCAGCUAUAA